AUGGAAUUGGAGCCGACAGUGACAGCCGUCCAUUUCCUUCGGCAGGUUCCGGUGGUGAGCGGCGCCCUCCCGAGCGUGGCCUCCUGCAGGAGAUGGUGCUCCUCCUCCCCGUCUGAUGCUUCACAACAAGGCGUGACGGUGACGGUGUGUAACGGUCUACCGCAGCUGACUGUGCCGCUGCCCUCCAGGAGAGAUCUGUGCCGCUUCACGCUGCGGCCCGUCACCCACACUGUACAGGACCUCCUCCACCAGCUCUCUCACGAGGACCACGGCAUAGACCGUAUUGUGCUCAGGACCACAGAUGGAGUGCGGAUCUCAUCCUCCGACAGCAUCGAGUCUCUUCUGAUGAGCGACUUCGACCUCGUGAUUAACGACGUCUCGUACCGGGUGGUGGUGCCCCCGGAGCACAAGCUCACCCUGGAAGAGUUAAGUGACAUGGGAGAUGUGCGGCAGUUGGUGAACAAGCUGUACAUGGCCCUCAACGUUGAUCAGCACCAGGUCAUGAAGGAGAGAGAUAUUCUCGCACAGAUUGAAGAUUUGAAGUCACAAUUGGCGCCUCUAGAAAAGCAACGGGAGAAUUUGGUUGCGGCCGCUGAGCGACGCACAGCCAUACUGGCUUGGGCUGGACUUGGGUACAUGGCUCUUCAGUUUGGAUUUCUUGCAAGACUGACAUGGUGGGAGUAUUCCUGGGAUAUUAUGGAGCCUGUCACUUACUUUGUUACUUAUGGUACAGCAAUGGGUGCAUAUGCCUAUUAUGUUGUCACGAAACAGGACUUUGUUUUACCAGAGAUCAGAGACCGACAGUUCCUCCUCUGCUUCCAUAAGAGAGCCAAGAAGCUGGGCAUGAACAUUGAAAAGUAUAACGUACUCAAGAAUCGACUGGCCGAGUUACAGUGCGACUUGCAGAGGCUCCGUGAUCCUCUGGCCCUCAACCUACCUCACUCAGCCCUUAAGGAACCACCAACUGCACAAGCACCCCUUGCUAAAGCACAACAAACCCUAAAAAAUUUGUUGGGUCUCAAGGAGGAUAAGUAGCUUUUAUAACCUAUUCACCUAGGAAGAUCAAUGGAUUUACAGAUUUUACAAAUACUGUAGAUUUUAGCAUAACAUGGACAAGUUAAAAGAUGUCCUAGUCCACACAGUUGCUCAGCUAAGUCUCGGCAACUCUUCACAGAGUAAUGGUUAAUGAGGAAAGCAAACUUCCAGUUUUGAUAUUAAGCCUAUGGCCAGGAAGUGCUUGCAUUAGCUGUGUUGACCAAGAUGAAGGAAAGUUUAAUGAAAAGUUGUUGGAUGUAAGAAAUAACUGUAUUAAAAGAUACAGAUAUACAGAAUAUAUCAAAUUUGAAAUUUACAUGUAAGCAUCGAAGCCAUAUGUGAAUACCUUAUGAUUUCUCAGUGAAAAUUAUGUUAUGCCUUUCAAAACCCAGUUUUUUCAACAACUACAACUUGCACUCUGACUAAUUUUAUAUAUAAAUUAUUGCCAUUCUUAAUACUCCAUAGAAAACAUGUCUAACAUACUGGUAUUUAAAUAAAUUUUAAUGUUUAAAUUUAAAUCUGCAUUUAGACAUUUACAAACACAAGUAUAUUCUGUAAGCUUUAAAUUUUAAGUGAUUUUUCAGGAUAUGGGGACUAAGUUAUUUGAAUUAAAAUUUACUAAAUUAUUAAACAAAGUACUGUAUGUCACAUAUGAGAACAUAAGAGAAAGUGUGCAAAUUGAAAGCAUUACAAUCAAAAGGAAAAAAAUAGCAUUCAUCACAACUGAAUCAUAAGAUAUUUUAGGAAUCAAUAUUCCUGUCAUAGCAAAAUACCCAUGUUAAAUAAAAUUCUGUAAUAUGAGCAUGGUUCAUAAAGGAUUUGAUUUGUUGAAAGUCUCACAUUUUUAAAUAAAAUCUAACUUGGGGUUAACAUUCUAAAGAAAUUUAGCAUAAAAGAUUCAUAAUGUCCUUUCACAAUACACAAUGUACACAAUAGCUCCUACAGUAAAUAUUCAGAAUUGGAUGUUUGUAUGAAACCGUAAAUCUGGUUUCCUUAUGAAAUCAAAUAAAUGUAUCAAAAAGCACAAAUGUACUUAUCACGGUUGUUUAAAAUAUAUACAUAUAAAAAUCUCACACACACACACACACACACACACACACACACACACACACACACACACACACACACACACACACACACACACACACACACACACACA